AUGGCUCUCGAUGAAUACACCUACGUCUUCGUCAUAGGCACUCUGUUUGCCAUGCUCGAUGCUUACAACAACGGUGCCAACGAUGUAGCGAAUUCCUGGGCAACUUCGGUCUCAUCGAGGUCCAUCUCGUACCGACAAGCUAUGGUCCUAGGCACGAUAUUCGAACUUCUAGGCGCGAUAACAGUCGGUGCACGAACCGCCGAGACUAUCAAAAACGGCAUCAUCCCCUACCAAGCUUUCAAUGGUAACCCUGGUGUUCAGAUGCUCGCAUUUACAUGCGCUUUGGCAGCUGCUUCGUCCUGGGUUAUGUGGUGUACCCGACAUUCCGCUCACGUAUCUUCGACAUACUCUCUUAUAUCCGCCGUCGCUGGUGUCGGUGUCGCGACCGUCGGCGCCUCACAAGUGGAGUGGGGUUGGAAUAACGGUAAGGGUCUCGGCGCUAUCUUCGCCGGUUUGGGAAUGGCCCCUGUCAUCGCCGGUGGUUUCGGCGCUGCCAUUUUCAUGCUCAUCAAGCUCGUCGUUCAUAUCCGCAAGAACCCCGUUCCCUGGGCUGUCUACACAUCGCCUUUCUUCUUCCUCAUCGCCGCUACCAUUUGCACCUUGUCUAUUGUCUACAAGGGCUCUCCCAGUCUUAAUCUGAAUAAGAAGCCCGGUUGGUACGUCGCUGCCGUUACGGUAAGCUGCGGUGCCGGUGUCGCUAUCCUAUCUGCUAUCUUCUUCGUGCCCUUCCUACAGGCCCGCAUCAUCAAGAAGGACAAAUCCGUCAAAUGGUGGAUGUUCAUCUACGGUCCCCUUCUUCUAAACCGUCCGGAACCCGAGUACUCCGAACGCGCCAUCGUACCCAACUACGCCGUCAUCCAAGAAGACGAAGAAGAACAAACCUCCACCAACUCCGAAUCUCUCUCCGACACCAUCCGCCCAGCCUCAAACCCCUCAGAAGAAAACGAGAAGAAGGCGGCUACCCUCGAAACCAAGACCUACAAAGAAAUCGCCGCCGAAGGCGAGAGCCGUCUCCACGCCAAACUCAUCCAAGGUCGCGGACCCAUGGGCUGGGCCAUGCGCACGCUCCGCGACAACCCGAUGGGAGCCGGCGAAAUCUACGAACUGCACAAUAUCCGCAUCCUCCUAAAACGCAUCCCGGCAAUCGUAACAUGUGGUCUACUCUACGGCGUCCACUACGACAUCCACGCAGCACAAACCGGCAUCGCAGGAACCCCCGAAGGGAAACGCAUGCAGCGCGUAUACGCGCACGCGGAGAAAUACCCGAAUGAAGUCGAACACACGUAUUCCUUCGUACAGAUCCUAACCGCGUGCACCGCGUCUUUCGCCCACGGGGCUAAUGAUAUAGGAAACUCGGUUGGGCCUUGGGCUGUGGUGUACUCCGCGUGGAAGACGGAGAGUACGUCGGGAUCUUCGCAGCCUGUUGAAGUAUGGCAACUUGCGGUUCUGGCGCUUAUGAUUUCACUCGGCCUUUGCACGUAUGGGUAUAAUAUUAUGAAGGUUAUGGGGAAUAAGAUUACGUAUCAUUCGCCGAGCAGGGGGUGCUCGAUGGAGAUGGGUGCUGCGAUUACGGUGCUGGUUUUCUCGCAGUACUCGUUGCCGGUCUCGACGUCCAUGUGUAUUACCGGUGCUACCGUGGGUGUGGGGUUGUGUAAUGGCACGUUGAAGGCGGUUAAUUUUCAGAGGGUGGGUUUGUUGUUGUUGUCGUGGAUUAUGACGAUUCCGGUUGCUGGCACGUUGGGUGGUGUAUUGAUGGGUUUGUUUUUGAAUGCGCCACAUUUUAAUCAAUCGUGA